GCCUGCCAGUUCGGGAAGAUAGAGGAGGAUGUUUUGUGCACGAAUAAGAGACGAAUGCAAGAAAAGCCUGAAUGGAGAGCAGAGAAGAGAAGUUUGAAUGGUGCCCCCACCCAGCACGAUGGCUUUUUUUUUUUGUUUGAGAGCUCAGCACCAAGCACGGCUUUUUUUCAUGCGGUUCACUGCUGCCGCCACCUCCCCCUUCCUCCCGAAUAUGGUCCAGGACGCGACGCACUCCUUCAGCUACAUGGACCGCAGAGCCAAUGGCAACCACCCGGCAGCUCCAGGCAAGCUCCAGAAGGACAAUGUCUGGAGAUUUCUGCAAUGAUCCUCCGCUGCUACUAUUCCCAUGCACAUCUAAUCGUCGCACAUGCUGCAGCAUCGCAGUAACCGGGGAGUCGCUAGUGGUGAAGUGUAAAUGUAAAUGCAAUUGCUGAUA